CUUGGUGCCUAAAAAUUUAAAAGACGUAGUGAAGUAUACUGAAAAUCCCUCAUCAUGAAGAUACUCUGUCUGUUCCUGACGGUCUUGGCCGCGACGGCCACCACCACUCAGGCCCUUGGAAUCUUUGAUACGAUUUUCCAUGCCAGGGAUUUGUUGCAAAUAGUAGGUGGGUUAAUCAGGCAAGUGAUGGGUACGGCAGAACAGGCGAUGUCUGCCGCUGCCAGAACAGGUGAAAGGGCUGGUGAAAUAGUCAACCCCCCAGACUGGGCACCCCAAUUCAAAAAAGGUUACAAGGGCCCAUUGUCUUCAGAGGCAUUAUCGGCAUCGGUUCCUAAAGGCAACCCAUACAAAAACGCUGUCGCAUCUUUUGCCCCGAAGAAACCAUAAGGAGCAUUACUUUAUCAUAUAACAGAUGAAAGAAACCUAUUCGCCUAAUAGAUAUUUAAGAAAACAAUAUGAAGAGGAAAAGAUUUGACAGAUUUUGCCGUUACCUUCCACCCCCGGAACCUUUGACCGUUUUUAAUACAUGCUUUUGAAUAUCAAGACAUUGCAUUGUGCAAAUUAUGAUGAAUAAAGAAUAUUCAAGU